CAUUGGGCCAUCUUACAUGUGGCCCAUGUCUAUCGAAUUUGACGAAACGAGAAUCGAUCUCCCCUGAGCACCAGCCUCCAGGCUCCAACUGCAAACCGCGAGCAGGCGAAACGCGGCAGCUCAGGUCUCAAUCCCCGACUUGGCCGCCGGCUGGUUUUUCCGAGAGAGGACGGAGGAAGGAACUACAGAAGGAAUAUGAGGUGGGGGUUGACCGGCGGUGGAAGCGCCGGCGGUUUGAUUAAGAAUGCGUUGGUUAGGUACUUCUCGAAAGAACGCGCCGUCAACGUGAGGAAGAUAAACCCUAAGGUCCCUUUCCCGGAAGCUUUUGCGAUUUCCGAGUCACUGUACAACAUCAUCAAGCAGAAUGGCCCCCUCACCGUCCCCAAUACAUGGAACCUCGCUAAGGAAGCUAAUAUCAGUGGAUUGAACAGCAAAACACACAUGAAGAUCAUGCUUAAGUGGAUGAGGGGACGAAAGAUGUUGAAGCUGCUGUGCACCCAGGUUGGAUCCAACAAGAAGUUUAUGCACUGCACUCUACCUGAAGACCCACAGAGUGCUCCCGCUCCCAAUUCGCAUGGUUUGAGCCUCAGCGCCGAGAAACCCAUCAUCAGGAAGAAGAAAAAGAACCGCAUCUAGAUUGCAUUCGCAGCAGCUCGAGCAGCAAUCGCCAUUUGUUCUCGUCGUUUGGAUGCAGAUGCUUUGCUCAUUGUUGGUUUGAACUGCUGCUCCCCAAAUUUGGCAGGGAAUGGCCAUGUCAACUCCUCAUUGGUGGUAAAUUGGUUGCAAAUUUCCCGCACUUACUAGUAGUAAUAAUGUAGGGCCGAUCUGUAUUGGGAUAUUUUGGUUCUUGGAGCAGUGUUCUUGAUUGGGGUUGGAUUGCUAGGCGAAUGCGUCUGAUGUUUCAUGUUUUGUAUCCCGUCACCCUUUGGAGGAGGGUUUUUACUUUUACUUCAUUAGUUACUAGAAGGGCAAAUGAAAAUAUUAGCCUCAAAAGGAAGGGAAAAUAUGAGAUGCUGUUUACUAGCCAACUGUCCUUUUACCUGGAAGUAAUUUUAUCAUGAAGCGAAGUAAUUUUAAGUAGAUUUCGCCGCGACAUCUGUCCGUCACUCAGGAAUUUAUUUCGCCAGUUACAUCACUCACUGCCACUGACAGUACACUCGUCGACGGUGUCGUGGCCUCUCCUCCGCCUCGUAGUUCUGGCGGUGGCUGCUGCUGACUUUGCCUCUAGAGUCUUAACUCUUCUUUUUUUAGUCGCUGCUUGAGACUGGUGAGCCAACCUCCAUUUCUCGUCUCUCAUCUGUCAAACAUAAAUACAGACCAUCUUUUCUGUAACCGCUGGCAAUUGCGACCACCGAGACCGCCAAAGCAGUGCUUCCCGAUCCACAGUCAGGUGGAGUUACAGUUUCUAGCUUGAAAUAUACUCGACCAAUAUGAUUUCUGAGAAUGUUAAAGAGGAUUGCCUUGCAUGGGCAGCCAGAGAUCCUUCUGGAGUUCUAUCCCCCUACAAGUUCAGCCGCAGGUCAAUCAGGGAGGAUGAUGUUUCCCUCAGAAUAACUCACUGUGGAGUAUGCUAUGCGGAUGUCGUCUGGACCAGGAAUAAACACCAUGAUUCUAAGUAUCCAUUGGUGCCAGGGCACGAAAUCGUUGGAAUUGUAGAAGAAGUUGGUCCCAAUGUGAGCCAAGUUAAACCUGGUGACCAUGUUGGAGUAGGCACUUUUGUUAACUCUUGCAGGGAGUGUGACUAUUGCAAUGACAGGGAUGAAGUCAACUGCGUUAAAGGAUCUGUAUUCACCUUUAAUGGUGCUGAUUCUGAUGGGACAAUCACCAAAGGAGGGUAUUCUAGCUACAUUGUUGUGCACCAAAGAUACUGCUACAGAAUACCUGAGGGCUAUCCUUUGGAAUAUGCUGCUCCUUUGCUUUGUGCUGGAAUUACUGUUUACAAUCCCAUGAUUCGUCAUAAAAUGAAUCAGCCUGGUAAAUCCUUGGGAGUUAUUGGUCUUGGUGGUCUUGGGCACAUGGCAGUAAAGUUUGGGAAGGCUUUUGGGCUGAAUGUGACGAUUUUCAGCACAAGCGAAUCGAAGAAAGAGGAAGCAUUGAGCGUGCUUGGUGCGGACAGGUUUGUUGUCUCCUCGGAUGGGGAGCAGAUGAAGGCAUUGUAUAAAUCUCUGGAUUUCAUCAUCGACACUGCAUCUGGCGAUCACCCAUUUGAUCCGUACAUGUCUACUCUGAAGACUGGGGGUGUUCUUGUCCUUGUGGGCUUCCCAAGUGAAGUGAAAUUUAGUCCAGCAAGCCUCCUACUCGGUUCAAGAACAGUUGCUGGUAGUGUAACUGGUGGAACAAGGGUGACACAGGAGAUGCUGGAGUUCUGUGCUGCACAUAAAAUCUACCCCAAAACAGAGGUGAUUCCAAUCCAGUAUGUCAACGAGGCGCUCGAGAGGCUGAUAAACAGAGACGUGAAGUACCGGUUUGUGAUCGAUAUCGAGAACUCGUUGAAGUGAUGAUCAUUAAGUAGAGGAAAGAUGAAUAGAAAUAAACAGAAGGAAUAAUAAGGGCCAGACCCAGAUAGAUUUCACUCUGUGCAGUGUGGUAAAGUCGAGUCUUUUAUGGGAAAGAAUAAGUUAUGUUUUUUUCCCCCAGACUUUUGUAGCACAAAGUAUAAACAGCAAAUAGGGCUCCAGUUGCUGAACAUUGCUGCAAGAAUAAGUUGCUCCGCGAAAGCAAUGGCAGAGAAAUGCUCCUACUACUACUACUACUACUACUACGAGGAGCAGAGGACUGAACGUUGCUGCAAAAAAAAAAACUCUUUUUGCUGAUAUGCACAAUAUCUGCAGGUAGUACACAGAUGUAGAUAUCACCAACCCCCUGCACCCUCCUUGUUUCGGUACAGUUUUAACUAUCAGAUCUGAUGUAUGAAGAGGAGGGCGAGGAGAAACACUCGCGCUGUUAACGAUAGUCGCGAGCUCCACGUUACACUCCAGUUUCUACUUCCAUGGGGAAGGAUCUCUCGCGAAGAAAAGUGCGAGAAGUGACUUCGAAGGCUAAGAAGCGUAUCCAGGUGUUCAGCGACAAGCGUGCAGGGUAGAUCGUAGAUAACAAUGCCCUAUUCGUGAUCAGGAACACAUAAGAUUAAUGAAUUUGAAGACUCCAUUUGAUUUGGUGAACUACAUUCUUUCUAGUAGCUAGCACACAUGUUAUUGUAGCUUCCAUGACUCUUUACAGUCGAUAGAACCUAGCUAGUUGAUUGAUAUUAUCUGUAUCGUUCCAGUUUUAUCGGUAAACUCUUAAAUAGCAGUUAGUUAACGGAUAUGGAUUGAGUAUAUCAUGAAUUAAUUAUUGCC